UAUACACACACACAUACACUGGCAAUACACAGACAUGUACCUCUCAACCAGUGAGGAGUCCGACGUGGGUUCGGCAGACUCAUAUACCAGUCGACCGUCUGACUCAGAUGUGUCUAUAGAGGAGGACAAAGAGGCACUGCGCAGAGAGGCUGAGAGGCAGGCCCAGCUCCAGCUCGAAAAGGCCAAGACAAAACCAGUAGCGUUUGCUGUUCGUACAAAUGUUAGCUACAGUGCUUCCCUCGACGAUGACGUCCCCGUGCCUGGCAUGGCCAUUUCAUUUGACGCUAAAGAUUUCCUGCAUGUAAAAGAGAAGUUCAAUAAUGACUGGUGGAUUGGCCGCUUAGUAAAGGAAGGAUGUGAGAUCGGUUUCAUUCCCAGUCCAGUGAAGUUAGAAAACCUUCGCAUCCGCCAGGAGCAACGAGCCAAACAGAGCAAAUUCCAUUCCAGUAGACUGGGGGCUAACUCCUUAUCCAGUUUAGGGGACAUUGUCCCAAGCUCUCGAAAGUCUACUCCUCCCUCCUCAGCCAUUGACAUAGACGCUGUGGGUUUAGAGUCGGAGGAGCCUGAACCUCCUCCUCCUCCUCCCCCCCAGCAGCGUUCUCCUAAAGCCAGCCCAAACCAAGUCAUAUCCACUUUAACCCGUGAGAAACGAAUGCCCUUCUUUAAGAAGACUGAGCACAUCCCCCCAUAUGAUGUGGUGCCGUCCAUGAGGCCUGUGGUUCUGGUGGGACCCUCACUCAAGGGUUAUGAGGUGACAGACAUGAUGCAGAAAGCGUUAUUUGACUUUCUGAAGCACAGAUUUGAGGGAAGGAUAUCAAUCACUCGGGUAACAGCAGACAUUUCUCUCGCCAAACGAUCUGUCUUGAAUAACCCUAGUAAACAUGCCAUCAUUGAACGAUCCAAUACACGCUCCAAUCUUGCUGAGGUACAGAGUGAGAUUGAGAGGAUCUUUGAGCUGGCACGCACACUGCAGUUGGUGGUUCUGGACGCUGACACAAUAAACCAUCCAUCUCAGCUGGGCAAGACUUCACUUGCGCCAAUCAUAGUCUAUGUAAAGAUUGCCUCUCCAAAGGUGUUACAGAGAUUAAUAAAAUCUAGAGGAAAGUCUCAGGCAAAACACCUCAAUGUGCAGAUGGUGGCAGCAGACAAACUGGCUCAGUGCCCUCCGGAUCUGUUUGACAUCAUCCUAGAUGAGAAUCAGUUAGAGGACGCCUGUGAGCACAUGGCCGACUAUCUGGAAGCUUACUGGAAAUCCACACACCCGGCCAGCUACACGCCGGCCAAUCCUCUCUUAGACAAACUCACUGCCACCCAAUCAGCCACUCCUGAACCACUGUCUAGUCUGCAUCUGCAGGGCACGGGGGGCGCCCAGAAGGCCGAGAAGUCACUAGGUGAGAGGAAGAGCUCUCUAGAAGAUCACCACCACCACCAUCAUCACCACCGUCACCACCAUCGCCUGCAAAAGCAAGAGAGCCUGGACCAAGCCGAGGAAGACGAUCCCGAGGAAGAAGCUGUUAAAGAACAGAGAGUCUUACGGAGUGAGCGAAGAGCGCCACACAUACACCACCGCUCUUCGUCCACACGGACCGAACACCACAAUCACCAUCAUCACCACCACCAUCACAGUCGCACAGCACGAACACUCUCCAGGCAAGAGACGUUGGAAAGCAGAGACUCUGCAUGUGCAGAGCCACACGCCACUCACACACACUCAGAUCCACCCACACACUUGCAUACACGUCACACAGGGGAGGAAGAGGACGACGACGACGAGGAGGAAGAGGAGGAGGAGGAUCAGCCUGUUCAACAUAACCAUCAUCAUCACCAUCAUCAUCACGGAAAGGGAGGGAGGGAAAAAGAGCGAGAGCACGAUCACAGUGAACAUAACAGUCGGCAACGUGGACAGCAGAGAUCACAACACGAAUGUCAUCAUGAGCGUGAAAGACAACACUCUGUUGAAGGAGAAGAGAAAAAAGAAGAGACGGACUGGGAGACGGAUCCCUACAUAGAGCAGUAAUGCACAAACAGCCAUGGACUGCACUGAACAGACAAAACAUAUGACACACCUUUACAAAAGCUAGAUUCAGGUCCAGAAUUAUUGCAAACCUCGAUCAAGAUUCGUGAAAACAAAAGUAGGGAGCGUUUAAAGGUGCAGUUUGUAAUGUUUAAAUGAGUUUCUAGACCGAUAAGAAUUAUAUCAUUUCAAAGAUGGGUUAUAAAGCUGUACUGUGCAAUAUUGCCACGGCGAGAAUGUUCAUUUCAGGCUUCUCUUUACGAUUUGCCUUCCAAGCCGGAACAAAGCUCUUCCUCACGUAGCUUGAAACACAACUUGUUAAGGAAACAGUUUUAGCACAGGGAGUUAAUUUGGGGAAGAGCAGGCUCGUCAGUGUUUUCACCGAUUCAUUGUGACUGACCUCACAGAUAGCAGAGGGCCUGAAUAAUUACAAACUGCUCCUUUAAUACGGAGAUACAAUGCACUGUAAUGUUUUAUCAUAUUUUGGCAAUGUUGUUAGAAUUCAAUGAAAAAAACCCCACCAUUUUCAAAAUAGAAAGGUAGGUACAUUGCAUACCCUCCUGGAUAUUGUGUCUGUUAUUCCGAAUAUUAUAAUAGUACACAUUUUGAGGGAUUAUUGAUUCAAACAGAGACUUUAGCGUUGUGCCUAUGAACUGCCAAAAUCUGGUUCUUUUUGUACAUUGAGGCUGCCAGGACUGAGUAAUCAGAGCAACAGCUAGUGAAUUUUUUUUUUUUUAUUUGAAUGCCACCAACACCAGUGAUGUAGAUGACAUGGGGUCAAAUAUCUAGUUUGGUCUCAUCUGAUAUACAGUAUGUUCCAGUUCACUUUAGGUUCAGAUUCAUUGCAAAGAACAAUAACUAUGUAGGAAUAGAAAACUAGUUAGAACAUUAUGAAGCUAAUAAUGCUAAUUCUGGGCCUGUCACACCACACACAUCCACGAUAUCCACACAUACAUCAUGUGCUGCUAUCCUGCCCUCUGGACUUUUGGCUGUCUGUUACUAUGCCUCCUUUGUAAAGACUGGUGUUUUUAAAGAUGACUACAUUAUUGUAAAUAAGAUAUAGGUAUCCAUGCAUACUUGUUCUAUCAUUGUGUGGACACGUGAAUAUUAAACAAUAAAUAUGAGUCAUUAUUAAUUUCC